GGGAACUUAUAAAAUUGAUUGUUCGAGAGGUUCUACUUAAGCUGAAGGGGAAGAACAGACCUCUUCCCGACCAUCUUGUUGAAACGGAUGAUCUAGAACAUAUAGAGGAAUUGUUGGAUGUUGGCUCUGAUGACCAUGUACGUUUCGUCAUAAUCCAUGGGAUAGGUGGUAUUGGUAAAUCAACUCACUAGUGUUAUCUUCAAUCGAUUCCUGUCUAAAUUCCAUUGCAGUAGUUUCCUUGCAAAUAUGUCCAGAGUCAUUGUCUUUUAGACAUGCAAAAGAAACUAUCAUCUGAAACACUGGGGUCGAACUCUGCUCAAGAAAUCUAUGAUACCAACGACGGGAUUGAUCGCAUAGCAAAAGGACUUGGCAAGAAGAAAGUUCUAGUUGUUGUCGAUAAUGUGGAUGAGAAGAAGCAACUUGAGAACCUCGCAGGGAGCUGCGAUUGGUUUGGUUGUGGAAGUAGGAUCAUUGUCACACUCAGGGACCUAAGGACAAUACGAAAUAAAGACAACCAAGCGCGACGUAGUAAUUACAUGGACUACUCGGUAAAGCAGAUGCCUUUUGGUCAAGCGAUUCAGCUUUUCAGCAAGCAUGCUUUUAGAAGCAGUACUCCUCCAAAAGAUUGCUACAAAUUCUCAGAAGAAAUCGUUUCAAGCAUAGGAAAGCUUCCUUUGACUUUGGAAGUCGUGGGUUCUCUUUUCGCCAACACGGUUAGAUCUAAGUGGGAGGAGAGAUUGGAGGAAUUAAAGUGUACCCCAUAUAAGGACGUCCGACAAACAUUGAUGAUAAGUAUCAACAAAUUGGAUGACAUAGAAAAAGCCAUAUUCCUAGACAUAGCAUGUUUUUGCAUUGGGGAGGAUAAGACUUAUGCUGACUACAUGUGGCAUAGUAGUGACUAUUCUCCACGCAGCGCUAUUGAUGUUCUUCUCCUCAUGUCUUUGAUAAAGAUUGAAGAGGAUGAUAAUAAAUUCUGGAUGCAUGAUGAAGUUCGAGAUCUAGGAAGGUACAUUGUCAAGCAAGAGAAUUUUGAAAAUGCUGGAGCGCGCCGUUGGGUACAGAUUGAUGAGGAUACUCUAAACAUACUAAGAAGCAACGAGGAGAAGCGAGCCGUACAAGCAUUGAAUCUAAGUGUUAGUUAUAACUUGACACCUGAAGAAUUAGCCUGUUUGCCAAUGCUGAAGUUCCUUGGAGGGGAAAGACUGAAUUUCAUUGGCAACUUUGAAAAUCUUCUUCGUAAUUUGAAAUGGCUUUCUUGGCAUCAUUGCCCAACGGAUUUUUCAGCGAUGAAUCUUCACCCGGUGAAUUUGGUUGUGCUUGACCUUUCAUGGGGCAAAAUCACCCACGAUUGGGGUGGAUGGAGGCAAAUCGAGGUACUGACACCUCGCUUAUGUUCACUUCAAAUUGUAUCAACCAGCUAGUUGUAUGUUAUUGCAUUCUCAUACUUUUC